GCCACUCCUUUCCAUUUAGGCAUCAAAUCCAUCUCCCCUGUCGCUUCCAACCCCCUUCCGCUCCCCCUCCCCCCCCUUUCUCUUUGUUUCCUCCCAUCCAUCUCACACCAACCCAACCUUCUCAUUCUCUCUGUCGCUUCCCGCACGCCGCUUCCGUUCACAGGUUGCUCUCGGUCCAAGCAAAAAAGAAUUCUUCUUUACCAUUCAAUCUCCUCAUCUUAAAUUUCGGUUUUCUUUUUAGUACUUGGCUGCUCCUCAUUCUUGGAUUUCGAGAAGCUGGGAAUUUAAUAGCAUGGACGAGAUCGUGGUGCGGAGAGUGAUCCCCUCAGAUAAUAGCUGCCUCUUCAAUGCUGUCGGGUACGUCAUGGAACACGACAAAACCAAAGCUCCAUAUUUGAGACAGGUUAUAGCUGCAGUUGUGGCAAGUGAUCCAGGAAAAUAUACUGAAGCUUUUUUGGGGAAGCCAAAUAAUGAAUAUUGUGCAUGGAUUCAGGAUCCUGAUAAAUGGGGCGGUGCUAUAGAGUUGUCUAUUCUGUCAGAGUACUAUGGCCGUGAAAUUGCAGCUUAUGAUAUACAAAGCACUCGAUGUGAUCUGUAUGGUCAGGGGAAGUCUUACCAAGAAAGGGUCAUGCUCAUCUAUGAUGGUCUACAUUAUGACGCACUAGCUAUGUCACCAUUUGAAGGGGCACCUGAAGAGUUUGAUCAGACCGUAUUUUCUAUAAGAAGUGACCGUUCCAUUGGGCCCGUGGAGAACCUUUCUCUUAAUCUUGUUAAGGAUGCUCAUAGGAAGAGAAGUUACACAGACACUGCCAAUUUUACAUUACGCUGUGGAGUAUGCCAAGUUGGUUUGACCGGCCAGAAGGAGGCGAUCGCACAUGCUCAAGCUACAGGCCACGUUAAUUUUCAAGAAUAUAGGUAAAUGAUGAAGCUUGUGUGACGAGUUUCUGUCAGCUUAUUCCUUGGGUCAUCUCAUUACUUCCAACUCAUACUGGCGUCUGAGGAGUAAGAAGUCAAAUUAUUGGACUGAAUUUGCUGUCGUGAUGAUCAGAUGGAAUUUGAUCUUUGUUGUAAACUACUUAUAUAUAUAUGAAUUUCUUGUUUAACAUCUUCGUGCCUUGUUCUAAAGACAGUACAGCAACCAAUUGAUUCAUGGCAAUAUUGUUACA